AUGAGCGAUGUUGACGAAGACAUCAAGAAACGUUCCACGUCAAGAACCGCUGUGCAGGAGGGCCUUAGUUGGAAAGAUAUCGCAUGGUUAAUGUUAUCUGACAUUGUGGGAACAUCAGUAUUGACACUGAACGGUGUUGCCGCCAAAUUGGGAUGGGUGUUGACGAUUGCUUUCAUUGGCGGGCUGUUCCCGGUGGCUCUUUACUCCUCCUUGCUGAUGAGCAGGACACGUGGUAUAUUGAGUCGAAUGCUCGGUGCGGACAAGACGGUUGGUCUCGGCACCAUGGGAGAGAUAGCAGCUUGUGUUUUCGACUCCCAGCGAGCAGGGCAGAUUGUCAUCAUUAUCGUUUAUGGCUACACUGCUUUGGGCCAAGCUUCUUACAUGCUAGUCAUGGGACGAGCGCUUCAGAUGUCGCUCUACGACUUGCCGCUCUGUCUUCCCGCAGCGGUCCUUUUAACUAUUGUGGCCUUGCUGGUUCCAAUUUUCGGAGUUCGGAAGCUCAGCGAGUCCGUGCCACUGGCUUUCUUUAACUCGCUGCUCAUCGUAGCUGUGAUAGUUCUUGCUCUGUACCGCGCUGGAACAACCGCGCCACCUUGUCCCCACACCUUCUAUUUUGAUCCAGGCUUGAGUGGAAUGGUUGUACUGGGCGCUGCCACAAACGUGGUUUACAGCUAUGCCGGGCAGUGGAUGUAUUUUGAACUGAUGGACACCAUGGCCACUCCAGAGGACUUUCCAAAGUCCUUCUCCAUUGCAGGUCCUUUCAUGCUCGUCUCAUACCUGGCCGUGGCCUGCCUGGGGUAUGGUUUCGGAUCGGGUUCCGGCGACUUGAUCGCGGGCAUGCCCCAUGGUCCGAUGCUCCAGGCUGCGGCAGCAAUGCUCUUCCUCCACGUCCUGAUCGUCUACUUGAUCAAAAGCGUCGUGUUGGUUCACUUCUUGCAUGGAUGCUGGAAGCCGAACCAGGUGGAUGCACGGGGAUUUCGCUCGUACCUGCAGCACGGAGGUUUAGGGGUCCUCCUCCUCUUGAUGGGCUUCGUUGUGUCCAACAUGAUACCCUUCUUCUCCCAGCUGCUGGGCAUCAUCGGAGGGCUUUUCGCAGGACCGAUUGGGUUCCUCUUUCCGAUCACCUUCUUUCUCUUGGCACGAGGACGAGAGGUUGUUGCCGGAAGCGAGGAGCAUGAAAGUUUGCCUAUGGAGCUGGAGCUGCAGGCAUGUUCAGAAGAAGUGGCCAUGUGCGGUGGUGAUGGUGACAAGGAGGAAAGUACAGAAACAAGUUCCUCUGCAAGCUACGAGGCUGAACUGGGUGGUGGAAGAUGCAGGUACCUGGUGAUCGGUUACAACUCGCUUCCGUUCUGGGAGCGGACUACGAUCGUGGGUACGGUGUUGUUCAUCGUAGCCACGAUGGUGUUCGGAGUUGCAGACGAGGUCUUCGAGGUAAUAGAGAUGUGGGACCGCUUGGGAGCGCCUUUCCAGUGCCACCACCUGCAGCCACCGAGCCGCCCCACAUGCGCUGGCUGA